ACAGUGAAGAUCGUAGCGAACGCACUCUCUUACGCACCCAAGCUAUCAACAUGUCUGGCCGUGGCAAAGGAGGAAAAGUUAAGGGAAAGGCAAAGUCCCGCUCGAACCGUGCCGGUCUGCAGUUCCCAGUUGGCCGUAUCCAUCGUCUGCUACGCAAAGGCAACUAUGCCGAGCGCGUCGGUGCUGGUGCACCAGUGUAUUUGGCUGCCGUGAUGGAAUAUUUGGCCGCUGAAGUGCUCGAGUUGGCAGGAAACGCUGCCCGAGACAACAAGAAAACGCGCAUCAUCCCGCGUCAUCUGCAGCUGGCCAUCCGCAACGAUGAGGAAUUGAACAAGCUGCUGUCCGGCGUCACCAUUGCUCAGGGUGGUGUGUUGCCGAACAUCCAAGCCGUGCUGCUGCCGAAGAAGACCGAGAAGAAGGCCUAAGCCUAUCGCGAAACCAGCUUUAUUCCAUCUUCCGUCAAAAACCGUCCUUUUCAGAGCGACAAAUCAUUUCGCUAAAGAUUUCAUUUGACCAUUUCUGCUGAACCCACUGCCAA